AUGUCUGGCUUUCAGAUCCCCGGCCUGGGGUUCGCGCAAGCCAACGAGACCCUCCCUCCCCUGCCGCCCGACGUCCUCGCAGCAGCGGCGAGCUUUGAGGGCGCCAACACAGGCGAGAACGGCACCGGCACCGAAAAGGCAGAGAAGAAUGAGGAUACGAAAAUGGAAGACAAGCCCGCUGCCGAGGCGGGACAAUCUGCCCCGACGAGCGAACCGCAGCUGCCCCCCUUGCCGGCAGCGCAGGCAAACCCCAAUGGCCCCGAGCCCAUGAGCGUCGACGCUGAAGAGCCGCCCUCCUUGACGGACGCCCUCGAAGCCAUGAUCAACGGCCUUGAGCCGGCUGCUCCCGCUACAACUGAGACCCCCGCAAACGCCAACACCAACACCGCCACAGACCAACCUGCCCCCGAAGGCGAGCACCCGGAAUGGGAGAUCGACUCCUCUCCAUACGAAUCCUCCUCAGAGUCGUCCAGUGACGACUCAUCUUCAGACGACGACUCCGAAUCCGGCGAGGGCUACCAGCUCCUCGGCGUGGAGGAGACGGCUCGGAUGCUGAUGGAGAUGGAGGGCGGCUCGGAUGACGAGGGCGGCGAAAACGCCGGUAAGGCAGGCGGCUCCGGCCACCUCCGCACUAAGAACGAGGUCGCGGUCGAAGCCAUUCCCAAACCGGAUAUCGCGCUCACCGCCGAGGACAAGAUCGAGCAGCUGGGUGUCGUGGACCAGAUUGUCGAGAACAUCAUGGUAGUCAAGGCCUUUACGCCAGGCGAGUACCAGGUCCUCGACUCCGGUUCGGCGCUGUGCACGGAGGACAGGAAGGUGUUUGGAGUCGUGUGGGAGACGAUUGGAAAGGUGCUACAACCUAUGUAUACGGUUUUGUUCUCCACCGCCGAUGAUAUCAAGGAGGCGGGGCUGGUGGUCGGCUCCAAGGUGUACUACCCCGUUGCGCACGCGACAUUCGUCUUUACUCAACCGCUCAAGAACCUGAAGGGCUCCGACGCGAGUAACAUCCACGACGAGGAGAUUGCGGAGGACGAGAUGGAGUUCUCUGAUGACGAGAAGGAGGCGGAGCACAAGCGGCAGGUCAAGCAAAAGAAGAAGGACGCAAGAUUUAAGAACGGCGAGAGGCCCGCGAAGGGAGGCAGGGAGCCGCACCCAUUGAGGAACGAGGUCAGCGCCGCAGGCCCGAGUACGGAUGGUGGUCUGAACUACGACGACGAGGAUGAUGGUCCGUACAAGCCGCUUACUCGGCCUCCCGGAUUCGGGCAGGUUCCGCCCACGCAGCAGAGUUUCAGCCAGGAACCUGAGCCAGGAAGUUUUGGCGGUCGCAGAGGUGGCCGUGGUGAUUCCAGGGGACGGGGCGAUAGGGGCAGAGGAGGGCGUGGUCGUGGCCGGGGUGGCUUCGGCCAGCGCGAUUCCAGGGACGGAUACCAGCAACGGCAUCACACAUCACAAGAGCAGCAGCAGCAGCAGCAGCAGGGACAAUGGGGCGGUGCCAACUACCAGGCGCCACCGCAGCAAUCUGCCCCGGCACCUGCGGCACCGUCUUUCAACUUCCCAUUCCCGGGUUUGCCACAGCAGCCGGGCCAGCAAGGGUUCUCCGGAGUCCCGCCACCGCCGCCUGGUUGGCCGGCACAGAAUGGACAGACGGGACAGAACGCGGGAGGAGCAUACAUCAACCCUGCCUUCUUCGCCGCGUUGUUGGGACAGAUGCAGCAGAACCAGGCGCAGAACGGUCAACCGCAGCAACAGAACCAACAGAACCAACAGCAGCCACAACAGCCACAACAGCCACAACAGCCACCGCACCAAUGGGGCGCACAGCCUCCUCCGCGGUAA